AUGGACGACAACCAUUUCUUGAUCGAGUGGCUUGCAUACCAUUUUUAUGUCAUGCCCAUGCGACGACUGAUUAUCCUCGUGGAUCCUGGUUCCAUGACUACCCCCCAACCGAUAUUAGAUCGAUGGAAGGAUUGGAUUGAUGUGACCGUGUGGCACGAAGAAGACAUUUUUCCAAACGGGCCACCCACGCCCAAGAACCCCAAAAAGAACACCACAAAACUAGGCCAGCAUAGAGCACGACAAAGAACCUUCCUGAUGAAAUGCCUCCAACAAUUGCACAAGGAGAGACGAGGUUGGGUGUUUGUGACUGACACUGAUGAGUAUACCAUGGUCAACGACCUCCUGAGAGAUCCACAGAAAACUGCCUUUUUUCGACAAAAUGUCACUCUUCCCGAACAAUCGGAACCUGGAUCCAUCAUGAAAUUAUUGAAACAAGGUGAUGCCAAGCAUCUGGUCAAUGGCGAGUACAUCCACAACAUGCCUUGCAUUACCAUGGCACGCCGAACCUUUUCCACCAAAGAAAUGAAAAAUUCCAGCAAAACAUUUCUUGGCUACACCAAGGCCAACUUUCAAACCUUGCAUUGGAAGUACUACGACAAACUCUUUAAACCGGGCAAGGCACUGGUCAAUCUGAAAAAGAUUCGAUAUCGAGACAUCAACUCACAACCCAGCGUGCAUCGGCCCAUUUCCAAUAAAACAAUCUGCACAGGGAAACUGGCCAUUAUAGAGCAAGAUAGCAUCUUUGCCGUCAACCAUUAUCCUGGGAAUCUGCAUCAAAUGUUGUUUCGAAAAGACGACGCCAGAGGGGCCGAAAACAACACGGCGUAUCGAAUUCAACGCUUCAAUGAUCACAAGAAGAUUGGAAGAAUACAUGAUACGUAUAGAAUAGAAGAGUGGUUGAAGGGUUUCAUUGCAGCGUUUGGAGAGGAGAAAGCAAGGCAAUUGCUCGAACAUGUGGGCCUUCCAGAACAGGCCGCUGCUGCCGCUGCAUAUACAAGAAUAAGUAAACAAUAG